AUGAGCAAGAGCGAAGUGACGGGGAACGAGGGAGUUGGCUUGUCAGCGAGAGACAAGGAGACCUUGGAGGAGGAGGACAAGGAGGAGAAGGAGGAGGCGAAGGAAAAGCAGGAGGAGCAGGAGAAGCAGGAGCAGGACGAGCAGAAGCAGGACGAGCAGGAGGACGAGGGGGACAAGGAGCAGGAGGAGCAGGAGCAGCAGGAGCAGGAGGAGGAGGAGCAGAAGGAGCAGCAGCACGAGCAGGCGAUGAAAUCUGAGGAGGUGAACCUCGACAGCUGCCGCAUCGAAGAGAACCGCAAGGAAGGUCUUGUUGCCGCUGCCUUUGCUCCGGAAGUUUUUCAGUUCUCAACAUCUCCAUGA